UAGCACACAAUUAAAAUCAAUCAUGUCCUUAGAAGGCACGUUAUGCAAUUCCCGGAACGUUAUAAUUCAGGCUGCGACAAGUAUCGUUAGUUAUAUCAUUUGGCAUUAUAAAGAGGUAAAAACAGAAUGUCACAAAAAUUCAAAAAGAAAUAAAAAUCCUUAAUGUUUCCUAACCUUUUUUGCAUCAACUAUAAGCAUGAAUUUAACAUUUCGAUGUUUCCCUUAAGUAGUAUCAAAUUUGUAGCAUCAAAAUCUAAAUUUUACGGUUUAUUAACAUCCACCUUUCCUCUCGAAUAUUCAUUUCGAGAAAAUAAGGGAUCCCGAGAAUUUAACAUUGCAAAAGCUCAAGAAUUAACUGAGAGUAUUCUCACCAACGUGCGAAAAGAAUCUAUAAACCACACUUGUGCUCUUCCUCGUGAAUGUGAAUGGUGUUCAAAUAUAGAGGUUUUCAAUGACAACAAAUUGAAAAUGGAGUCACUUAGAUCAGGACAUCUGAAUGUAGUAUUUACUAAUUUCAAAAAAUCGAGCAAAACCGGAUUUAAUACUCAUGAAAAACUAAAACCAGAAGAGUUUCCCCAAGCCUUUGAACGUUCAUCUAAAAAUUCUUUAACUGCUAAAUAUAUUGGAAUUGUACGUAGUUGUUUCAGAACCAAGUAUGGAGUUCCAAGACAAGGUCUCCUAGUAUCAAAAGCGAAAGGAGUUAUUGAAUUCACUACAGAUAUUGAUCACAGUUUUUUAGAAGGGCUUGAUGAAUUUUCUCACUGUUGGUUAAUAUGGGUUUUCCACAUUGGGCACAGUGAAUCAAUAAAGGGAAAGGUACGGCUUCCUAAAUUACAAGGAAAUCGUAAGGGAGUUUUCGCAACCCGAUCCCCGCACAGACCUUCUCCCAUCGGUCUUUCUUUAGUCAAAAUAGACCGUGUACUUUGUAAUGAAGUUAUGAUUAGUGGUUUAGACCUGGUAGAUGGAACACCUAUUUUAGACAUCAAGCCGUAUCAUCCGUUUGAUCACAUAUCUCCAGCAGUGUUUCCUACGUGGAUUCCGGAUGCUGAAGCUAGGGUUAAAGUAAAAUUUGCUGAAGGCGUUUUAGACAAGCUACACGAACUCAUACAAUGGACACAGAGUGGUAGAAAAGGUGAAAAGAUAUCAAAACAAGGAGGAAUUUCACCUUUUCAAUUUUUCUCAUCAUGCGACGACUUUCUUCAAACUGUUACUGAUUUACUUGGUCAAGAUCCACGCACUCCGCAACAAUGUCGAAGCGAUGCCGAAAAAACAAAUAUAUGUUUUGUGGAUAAUUUUGAAAUAUCUUAUGUGAUUGAUGGUCUCUCCAAAGUGGCAACGGUCAACAAAAUACGUUUUGAUCGUAAAAAUAAUCUUAAAAAGGAUGCGAAUUAUUAGUAGAAAAUUUUGAAACGUACU